AUGCUCAAGGAAGAAGAUCCAUUGAUUGAACUCAUCCGGGAAUGGAUCAUGGCGCCAAUUGACGAGUCUGCGGGGCUGCAGCUGUCGACACUGGAAGUGUUUGCGCUGGUCGAGGACAUGAUCAACGAACACGUCGCGUCACCGCAAGGUUCUCGCUUGAAAAAGUACAUCCCCAAGGUCAAGCGGAUGUUCAUGCGCAUCAACCUCAUGGACGCCGUGCACGCGUACGAUGCAGUGACGCACUUUUCACGACGCAAACGGGUACCUCCGACCUUCAAGGAUGUUCGACACAUUCUCAACCUCGCCACGAUUCGUGCAAUUGCACCAACUCUAAAGCUUGUGACGUUUGAUGCCGAUGACACGAUCUACGCUGACGGCGGGUCCAUCAGUGAAUCGUCGGAUAUGGUGACUGUGAUCGUCGAGUUGCUGAAGAAGGGAUUGGUCGUGUCGUUGGUCACAGCAGCAGGGUAUCCAGGCGAGCCGCAGCGAUAUGAAGCGCGACUUCGUGGGAUUCUCGACGCAUUGGCCAAGUUGCCUGAUGAAUGCCAGGCGCGAUUCUUGGUGAUGGGUGGGGAAUGCAACUACCUCCAUGUGACAUCGCGAGACGUGGAGACUGGAGUGGUGUCGUUGCGUGUGGUGGAUCCCGCGGAAUGGAAAGAUGGGCGCGGACAGCGUUGGGACCAAUUCGAAGUUGACCAGCUGCUGGAUUUGGCACAGUCGACAUUGGAAGAGAUGGUGGCGUUGCUGGACAUGCCGGCCAAGAUUCUCCGAAAGGAACGUGCCGUGGGGAUUUACAACCCCACGGACAAACGCUUCGUGUACGAGAACUUGGAAGAAAUUGCGCUGACCGUGCAGCAUGUCCUUCGACACUCCACGAUUCCGCAUUGCGCGUUCAACGGCGGGAACGACGUGUGGGUAGACAUUGGCAACAAGGCCCUGGGCAUCUCGGCCCUCCAACACUACGUGGUGCGACUGGUCGCUGGCUCCAAGGAACUGGAGGGUUUUGAGUGCCUUCAUGUAGGCGAUCGAUUCACGCGCACCGGGAACGACACACUGUCACGAGAUGUGGCGUCGACGGUGUGGGUGUCUAACCCCGAGGAAACAGCAGUCCUCGUCAAGAUGCUCCUCCCCUUGCUCUGA